GAAGACAGCCACUUCGCCUAGCUCAUUGCCAUCUCCCCAAAGUACCUCAACCCCGAGGAAUUCGUGGCUGACAACGCCCGAUAAGACCUGGCGCGGAUGCCUGCUCCCCAUGACCCAUCACAACAAGCCGGAACAAAACCCCACACCCACAUCGCUCCCAAGUCCAAUCUUGAUGGUGCCUUUCUCCCCUUCCUACACAGAGCCCGCCAACUGCCGAGAAAGUCCAAGUACGAGAGAAACAGAAACGCAUCAUUUUGUAUUGACCCCUUAACUCCCCUCGUAUACCAUACAACUGUCCAAAUUCUGUCCUCGA